AUGGAAACUAUCGACGCCCUCAAACAGCGCCAUUUCAACAACACCUUUGACAAUGACGACCAAGACAACAACCAUACCCCUACCGUCUCCCUCUUCUCCCCCGAGACUCUAGUCGACGCCGCAAUACGUUCCCCCUUUGGAAACGCAUUCAUGGCCGACCACCGGAUUUCAAAAAAUCCAAGUACAGGCCACCAUCGCAAAUCCACCAGCACCAACAGUCAGUACACCCUUGGCGCCGCCAAGAAGACCCACUCUGGCUUCUCUGGCCUCAAAACCAUCCUCUCUGCCUGGGCGGUCUUCCUUGGCUUCCUGACCGUGAUCGUCAUGGUCAUGUUCCAGAUCCACUACACGCUUCCUGUCCCUGUCUAUGAAGGCCAAGAUCCCGUGACGGGUAAGCUCCAGUUCUCGGAGGAGAAUGUCCGAGUCAUCGUCCGCCAUAUGACCAGGGAUAUUGGCUACAGAGUCGUCGGCACAGAGCAGGAGCUCGAGACAAAGAACUACCUCAUCAAGGAACUCGCGGCUCUGAAGGACCAGGCCAGACUCGAGUCCCUUCGAGGUGCACAGGAUUUGCCCAACUUUGACAUGUGGGUCCAAGUCGGAGAUGGAUCCCACCGCUUUGAUUUCAUGUCCAAAGUGGUGAUGAAGAUGUACACCAACAUGACUAACAUCGUCGUCCGUCUGUCCUGUGGCCCCGAGUGCGAUGAGAAUGCCAUCCUGCUGAAUGCUCACUACGACACGACUCUUGGCAGCCCCGGAGCUGCUGAUGAUGCCCUCGGCUGCGGUGUUAUGAUCGAGAUCCUUCGCAUCAUGUCCCUCCGACCCGCUCCAAAGAAGAACAGCAUCAUUUUCCUGUUCAACGGAGGAGAAGAGUCCUUGCAGGACGCGUCGCAUUACUUUAUUACUCAGCACGAACUUAAAGACAAGGUCCGCGCUGUCGUCAAUCUCGAGGCAUGCGGCACAUCUGGUCCCGAGAUCCUCUUCCAGGCCAACUCACGGGAAAUGAUCGAUGCCUACACAACUGUUCCUUACCCCCAUGGAACUGUCCUCGCGAACGAUUUGUUUGCUACCGGACUCAUCCUCUCCGACACCGACUUUCGACAGUUUUACGACUAUGGCAAUCUCACUGGACUGGACAUGGCGGUGUACAAGAACAGUUACCUGUAUCACACCCACUUGGACCUGGACGAAUUCUUGGAGAGCGGCCUGCCCCAGCACAUGGGCGAGAAUACUCUUGCCCUGGCGACAUAUCUGACCAACGAAGCAAACCUGGUCGGCCUCGAGAUGACGUCGAGCGUGGUUUUCUUUGAUGUGUUUGGGCUCUUCUUUGUCGCCUACUCCUGGACAGCCGCGAUCCGGUCCCAUGUGCUGAUUGGCGGUGUUGCUCUGUUGACGAUGGCGUCUCAAAUCUCUCGUCCAUCGUUCCGAGGCACAGUUUCGAUUUUCCUUUCGUUCAUUGUCGCACUACUCCUGCCCAACUUUUCGGUCGUCUUGCUCAAGGCUCUGGGCUCAUCCAUGCAGUGGUUCUCGCACGAGUGGCUGUCGGUCUUCCUCUUUGGACCCAUGUCCCUGGCUGGAAUGUUCACGGUCCAGUACCUGUUCCACAACAAGAAAGCUAGCAGUGGCGCCAACGAGCUGAGCGCCUUCUCCAGUCUCCAAUUAUUCUUCACCAUUGCUCUCGGUGUGGUCUCCUAUGUCGGACUCGCGAGCAGUUACGUCUUUGCGCUCUUUGCCCUCAGCAUCACUGUCGCCUUGAUCUUCAACCACAAGAAGGCUGCUAUGGAACGCCGCGAUGGACCGGAGGUGUUCAGCGUCGACUAUGCGACCUACUUUAUCGCAGCCCUCCUCCCAACCUCGUACUUUUCGUUCGUUUGCUUUAGUUUGCUGGAUAUGUUUAUCCCCCUGACUGGUCGCAUCGGUGUCGAUGCCCCCGUCGAUAACAUCGUGGCCGUCUUGUCAGGAUUCGUCACGUUUGUCUUUUGCCCGCCCUUGUUGGCUUUUGCUCACCGGUUUGGUCGAAAAGUCCUCAAGCGAAUCAUUCUGGGCCUCCUUGCCUUCCACUUGAUCACUGUUCUCCUAUCGUCGGCGAUCAUGUCUCCGUAUGACGAACUCCACCCCAAGCGCGUUUUUGUCCAGCAUGUCCGCAACAUGGCCUCUGGCGAGUCGGUCCUCUACCUGGCUCAUGCCGACCCCGGUCCAUUCUACGAGCCCUAUGUGACCGAAGUCGAGUCCAUGUUCAAUGCCAAAUCUACAUUCCGAACUGCGUCCGAUAACCCUACGGACUGGAACGCUAUCUACCCCUUCAACCAGUUCUUGGAGUCCUAUGUCCUUGACACGACCCCAUAUAUCCGUGCUCAGACGACCAACAAGACUAUUGCAGAGUCGGCCGCACCCCUGACGGAUUUGAUCCAAGGCGCACCCAAGCUCACCGCCGAGAAUGUCCACUACGAUCCCAAGACGGGUCUGCGUCGUUUGACCAUCCUGUGUACCCACCCCGAGUACAUCUGGACGGUCGCCAGUUUCGAUACCCAUCUCUCGUCCUGGUCUUUGGGUUCUUCGGAUCCAUUCCCUUACCCGACGCAUUAUGUGAUUCGACAUGUGGGCGGGUUUGUGAGUGAUGGGUGGAGAAUUGAUCUGGAGUAUUAUGCGACAGGUCCUGACGACAAAUUGAAGGUGGAGUUGACGGCUAUGGAGACUGAAGGGUUUGGACGGGAUACAGAGAGGGAGUUGGAGGGCAGUGGGGAGAUUGGAGUGAUGAGACAGAUUGUUAAGCGGCGGCCGGUCUGGACUACCUUGACCUACUUUUCCAUCCUGACCGAUAGUUUUGAGCUCUAG